CAAGUUCCUGUUUAAGAUCUGGGUGCCCCCACAGUAACAGAUGGGACAUCUCCCUGGCUUUUUACCCUUGCUUACGUCUCGCUCGAUUGACCAAAUUGAACAUCAGGAGAGGGCAACAAGAAACUCUACAAACAAGAUGUCUUUUUCCAAGUUCGUAUCCCCUUGUCACGGUGACAGUAUUGCGAUAUACAACUCUACCAGCGGAGCGGUCAAGUGUCAGGCCUGUGUUAAAUGCCCCCAAGGACGAGGCCUCUCUGUGCAAUGCAGUUCUGUUCAAAGCCCAGAGACACCCAUAGUUUGCGAGCCAUGUGUGCUUGGGAAAACAUACUCAUCUGGAAAAGACGCCGGGGCAUGCAUGAGCUGUGAGAAUUGUGAGGAGUAUCGCGAAACCAUAAAAGCCUGCACUCUGACUUCCAAGGCAGUGUGUGGAAAGUGUAAGCCUGGCGCUUACCAAGAUGACCGCCUAACACGAUUGUGCCAGCCCUGCUCCCGCUGUUGUGAUGAUCAAGAUGAUCAAGUCGAGCCGCAGUGCCAAGAAAUGCCUGAAAACAAGCGGUGCAGUUUUCACAGAUCACACGUAUGCAGCAAAGUUAUAACUCGUGCAAAUUUCAGCUCAGUCAGCUCUGUGGAAACAAACCACACAGCAUCACUGGUAUUGGUGUCGUCUCCCACAAGCCAAGUAACCACCCCAUUCAGCAUGCGCACUGCAUAUCAGAAGACCCCUGUGGCUGAUCUUCCUUCGAGAGCCGCAAUCAUCGGUGCUGCUGUUGGUGUUCCAUUAGCUGUUGUCCUGUUGCUGUUGGUCAUUUGCUAUUUUCUUAAAAAAAAGAGCAAUCACCGAGUAAAUAAAAGGGUUAAUGACGCCGAAAGGCCGCAAGAAACACGUGGCAGAGAAGAGUCGGGUGGAAUUGAUUUAGAACAGUUAAACACAGAAAGGUUACAGCCAGCGGAAGAUAGUAACGCCACAUCGCCAGGGACCAAGGAAACUCAAAUACUUGUCCAGAACAGUACAGAUGCCUGCAAGCUAUCAAUAGAGGAAAGUGAGGCUACUUCGCCAAGUGUCGAAGAAACUCAGCCACCGGACUACAACAACACAGAGCACCAGCUGUUCAAGAAGGCUCCCAAAGACAACAGUUGUCACACUGUGGUGAAGACGACCACUAUAAACACCGUGACCUACUGUUCAACUUGUAGUUCUGGUCCAGAAUCUACAGGGUAUGGAGAAGAAUGAAGAGCGGUUGUAUAGAUAAUAAUACUUCAGGUUUUCAGUCUCGGAAUUCGAUGA